AGACACAUGCCUUAAUUAUAGUCUUUUUGACCAAUAAAAAAAAUUUGUUUUUCAUCUUCCGUUUCUUUCAUUCUAUUUAUUUAUUGGAUUGGAUUUUUCUAUUUUUAAUUUUUCUUUCCAUUUUUAAUCUGCUAGCUAUCAUUCACUUUCCUCAUCCAUCCAUCCAUCCACGAACCCUAACCCUAAUCCUCCAUCAUCGAUUCGAUUCUCUUGCUCUUUGUUAUUUCCUUCUUUGGUGAACAAAGCAAAACAAUUGCAUCGAUGAAUCGGGCGUCGCAGCUUUCGUGAUAAUGAUCUUGGCGCUGCGAAUCGAUUGCAUGGGUUUGGAGAAUGUCGGAGCUUCGUAGUGGACCGCGACGACGUCGUGCUCCGAUUGCUCGUAAAAGCUCUGAACCACCGUCUCCGGCGGGGAGAUACGUCAAGACUCGCGCUGCAGUCGCCAGGGAGGCAGCAGCGGCAGCGGAGAGGCCAAGAACUCGUUUGGCGGCCAAAAAAGAGGAGAAGCCCCUUACAGUAAUAUCCGAUCACACUAAGAAAGACGACGCCGCCAUGGCCGACGAGAGCGGUGGCUUGAGUGCAAACAAGGGUGUUGCACAAGAAGAUGACACCAACGCAGCUCCUUUUCCGGAGAGGGUUCAAGUAGGAGGCUCACCUGUCUACAAAGUAGAGAGGAAGCUGGGCAAAGGUGGCUUUGGACAGGUUUUUGUUGGCCGACGAGUCACUGGUGGUAACGACCGGAGCACUGGUGCUGGUGCCACUGAGGUGGCUUUGAAAUUUGAGCACAGGAACAGCAAAGGCUGUAACUAUGGCCCUCCUUACGAGUGGCAAGUGUACAACACCCUUGGUGGCAGUCAUGGAAUACCUAAAGUACACUACAAAGGGAGACAAGGGGAAUAUUAUGUGAUGGUGAUGGACAUGCUUGGUCCAAGCUUGUGGGAUGUUUGGAAUUCCUCAAGCCAGACGAUGACUGCGGAAAUGGUUGCAUGUAUUGCAGUCGAGUCCCUGUCGAUCCUGGAGAAGAUGCAUGCAAGAGGCUAUGUGCAUGGAGAUGUAAAACCAGAGAACUUUUUACUUGGUCAACCUUCUACACCACAAGAAAAGAAAUUGUUUCUUGUAGACCUUGGAUUAGCAACAAAGUGGAGAGACACCUCCAGUGGGCAGCAUGUUGAAUAUGAUCAACGUCCUGAUAUGUUUAGAGGGACUGUUCGAUAUGCCAGUGUUCAUGCUCAUUUGGGAAGAACUGCUAGUAGAAGGGAUGAUCUUGAAUCUCUUGCAUAUACACUCAUCUUCCUUCAUAAAGGCAGGUUACCCUGGCAAGGUUAUCAGGGUGAUCAUAAAUCCUUCCUUGUUUGCAAAAAGAAGAUGGGAACAUCUCCUGAGAUGCUAUGCUGUUUUUGCCCUGCUCCUUUUAGGCAGUUCCUUGAGAUUGUAGUGAACAUGAAGUUUGAUGAAGAACCUAACUAUUCCAGGCUAAUAUCUUUGUUUGAUGGUAUGCUUGGACCGAAUCCUGCAUUGAGGCCAAUUAACACUGAAGGUGCUCAAAAGGUCGGGCAGAAGAGGGGUAGAUUGAAUAUUGAGGAAGAGGAUGAUUCACAGCCCAAAAAGAAGGUUCGUUUGGGGGUUCCUGCUACACAAUGGAUUUCAGUUUACAAUGCAAGACUGCCAAUGAAGCAAAGGUACCAUUACAAUGUAGCGGACGCAAGAUUAGCACAACAUGUGGAGAGAGGGAUUGCUGAUGGCCUUCUGAUUAGUUGUGUGGCUUCUUGUUCCAAUCUCUGGGCCCUUAUUAUGGAUGCAGGAACUGGCUUUUCAAGUCAAGUUUAUAAGUUGUCUCCAUUUUUCUUACACAAGGAAUGGAUCAUGGAACAGUGGGAGAAGAACUAUUACAUUACUUCUAUUGCAGGGGCUAAUAAUGGGAGCUCUCUCGUGGUGAUGUCAAAAGGCACACAGUAUACACAACAAUCAUACAAAGUAAGUGACUCAUUCCCAUUCAAAUGGAUAAACAAGAAGUGGAGAGAAGGUUUUCAUGUGACUUCAAUGGCUACUGCUGGAAGUCGUUGGGGUGUUGUUAUGUCACGAAAUGCUGGAUUCAGUGAUCAGGUUGUUGAACUUGAUUUUCUCUAUCCUAGUGAGGGAAUCCACAGACGAUGGGAUAAUGGUUAUAGGAUUACAGCAACGGCUGCUACAUGGGAUCAAUCUGCUCUUAUACUUAGCAUUCCUAGGCGCAGGCCAGGAGAUGAAACCCAGGAAACUCUGCGUACAUCUCAAUUUCCAAGCACACAUGUUAAGGAAAAAUGGUCAAAAAACCUUUACCUUGCUUGUUUGUGCUAUGGGCGCACAGUAUGCUAAUUUCCUUCACAGGUCAACGUAUUGUGUCUGAAAUUUAUAUAUUUUGUAAUGGCCCAAUCAAGUAUAACAUAGCAGAGAAUUGUUGUAUCUUAGUAUUAUUCUCUCUCCCCUCCCAUUCUAUUACAAGUUCCUUGGGGGUGGGGGAUGUGGCAGUUAAUGUAUACAGCUUGGCUUUAUAUGUUACUCCAUUAUGUAUUAUAUGUAGGUUUUAUCAUUUUUUUUUUUGUCUGAUUUUCAAGAUUGUUUCCGUGACUAGUCUAAUAAAAACAUUGUAUGGAUAGUUUUCCUUGUGAAUAAAGAGUCCAAUAGUUUUAAUUUUCCUCA